AUGAAGAUACCUGACCUCUAUGACAUACAGAAGAAAUUUAUAACUGAUUGCAAAAAAGUUAUUGAUAACUCUUCUGUAGGUAUUUUUUCUAGUCCUACUGGUACUGGUAAAACAUUAUCUUUAUUACUUAGUGUACUCGAGUACAUAACAGAAUUAGAAGAAGAUGAUGUUUUAUUAGAAAAUCUUGUGGAAAACUUUUCUAGAACUAAAAUAUAUUUCUGUUCUAGAACACAUUCUCAAUUAAAACAAUGUUUGCAUGAAUUUAAAAAUUUAGAAGUAAAAACAAAUUCUGUUAUUUUAGGAUCUCGGAAAAUUUAUUGCAUAAAUAGAGAAAUUGAUAAUAAAGAGGAUAUUAAUAAAGUUAAUCAAAAAUGUAAAGAUUUGAUUAAGCAAGAUAAUUGUAAAUAUUAUAAGCAGGACAUGUUUGUGUCCGGUAUUUAUGACAUUGAACAGCUUGUUAAAGAAGGUAGAAAACAUAAAGCGUGUCCUUAUUUUUUUAGUAAAAAAUAUUUUAAAAAGUGUGAAUUGGUCUUUUUGCCAUAUAAUUUGCUUUUUAAUGAAGAAAAUAGAAAAAAUAUAAAUAUCAAUUUAAUUAACAGCAUUGUUAUUGUUGAUGAAGCACACAAUAUUAUCGAUACAGUGAAUAAUUUUAAUACGAUUACAAUACAUUAUGAAAUAAUAGAAAAAUAUUUUGUUGCUUUUAAUAAAUACAAAAAGCUCCUGAAUUUAAAUUCAAAAUCUAUAAAAAUUGUAGUUAAUAUGUUAGAUAUAUUACAAAAAUUAGUAAAAUAUAAAAAUUCUAUUUCUAAAAUUAUGGAAGUAAACGCUUUUUUGUAUGAUUCUAAUUUGUUAAAAUAUAAUAUGCUUGAUAUUGAAGAGAAUUUGAAACAAUACAAUAUUUGUGCAAAGAUAGAAGCGUAUGGUAAGAAUUUACAGAAUAAAAUUUUUGACAUUAUUAAGUUUCUAAGUUUACUUGUAAAUUCAGAUAAAAAUUGUAAGAUUGAAGUAGCAGAUAAAUAUUUAAAAAUUUUUCCGAUUGAUGCAAAAUUAUAUUUUGAACCUUUUUUUGAUUGUCAAUCUAUCGUUUUUGCAGGUGGAACAAUGGAACCGAUACAACCCUUGCAAGAUAUUUUUAAUGCAAAAAAUGUUGAAUAUUUUUCGUAUGAUUCUAUAAUUAAAAAUUUUAGAGGAUUUAUCAUUUGUGAAUUUGAUCAUAAAAGAUUUGAGUUGACUGAGAAGACAAGAGAUGUCGAAAAGAUUCAAAUGGAAAUAAUAUUGAUUAUUAAAAAAAUAGCUUGUACGGUUAAAAAGGGUGGGGUUGUAGUUUUUUUACCAUCAAAAUAUUAUCUAGAAUUUUUGAGAAAAUUACUAAAAGAUUCUGAAAAUUAUUUUUUUGAAAAUUUUGACACCUUCGAAGAUUAUACAAAAGCUACAAAAACGAAUAAAUGUGUAUUAUUUGCUGUUAUGGGUGGUAAAUUGAGUGAAGGUGUAAAUUUUAAUGAUGACCUAUGCAGAGUUUUAGUUAUUUUUGGUGUGCCAUUUCCAAAUAUUUCAGUUGAAAUUGCAGAAAAAAUUAAAUAUUUUGGGGAAAAUUUUUAUUUGCAAAUGGCGAUGAAAAAAGUUAAUCAAACAAUUGGACGAGCACUUCGUCAUGUUAAUGAUUAUGCAUCUAUUUUUUUGAUAGAUGCAAGAUAUAAUAAAUAUAAAAAAGAUCUUAGUUUAUGGUUUAGACAAAAAGUAAAAGAUAUAAAUUUUGAAACAGCAUUAAAUGAGACAGGGAAGUUUCUAGAUGAGCAUUAUUAA